UGUAUAUUUUUUUCCAUAGAACUUAAUUCAAGAAAAUUAUUCGAGUUAUCGUUAUCAAGAAAAACAAAACAAUGUUCUCCAAAUCGGCAAUGUCAUUAUUACUGUUAUUAACGUUGAUCGGUAGUAUCACGGCACAAUGUUUAACAGACAACGAUAAUCCCACUGAAAUGAAUCCAGAUUCGAAAACGGCACUCGUUCAAGGUCGUUACAAAUUUGCCCUAGAUGUAUUAAUAAAGUCUGCCGAAAUUGAAACCGACGACAGUAUAUUUCUCAGUCCGGAUAGCAUUUACAAUGCCUUGCUAAUAGCGUAUUUUGGUGCACGUGGUAACACGGAGGCAUCCUUGAAAAAAGCUUUACAUAUUCCGAAUAAUUUAUCGAAAGUCGACGUCAUGAGAUAUUAUUCUUUUGAGAAAUCAUUACAGCAAAGUAAAAAGAAUAAUGGGUCAAGCAAUUACGAAUACACGUCCGCAAACCGGCUUUGGGUAACGGAUACGAAAAAGUUGCGUGAAUGCAUGCUGGACUUAUUCAGUGAUGAAUUAGUGAAAACCGACUUUAAAAGCAAUCCAUCAGCAGUAAGAACUGUCAUAAACAAUUGGGUCAGUAACGUCACAAAGGGUCAUAUCCGUGACCUAUUACCAGAACAUAGUAUCGAUGGAAGUACGGAUCUUGUCUUGGCUAAUGCCGUUUACUUCAAAGGUCUUUGGCAAAGUCGUUUCGAUGCAGCUAAUUCGAAAAAAGAUAUCUUCUAUACACCUGGCAGACAAAAUUCCGUAAUUACAUUCAUGCGUCAAAAGAAAACAUUCAAUCACGUCGUCUCAGAGGAAUUGGGCGCACACAUUCUUGAACUUCCAUAUAAAGGUUUAGAAAUCUCAAUGUUCGUUCUACUACCACCUUUCGCAGCAGCCAGAUCUUUAAAUGAUGAUUCAAGUCGAAUUCAAGGAGACGGAGGUAUCAGGAAUGUUCUUCAUCGUCUCUCCGAUGAGCCUAAUGCUAUGGAAUUACAAAUACUUCUUAAAGAUGGGAUGUUACCUAGACCAGUCGAAGUCUCCUUACCACGAUUUGAAUUGGAAAGAGAGUUAGAUUUGCUAACUCUUUUUACUCGACUUGGUCUUGAUGAUCUAGUAGGAACUAAUUCGGCUGAUUUAGGAAAUUUCGUAGCUGAAGGUGAAAAAACUCUUCAUUUGGGAGAUGCUGUUCAUAAAGCUAAAAUCGAGGUUACUGAAGAGGGUACGACAGCAGCAGCAGCAACAGCAUUAUUUACUUUCCGUUCAAGCAGGCCAUCUGAACCGGCUGUCUUUAAUGCUAAUCAUCCAUUUAUAUAUUUCAUUUAUGAUAAAACAAAGGAUAGUAUAUUGUUCAGCGGUGUUUAUCGUAUGCCAGGUAAUCCGACUUCAUCGAUACCUGCUUAAUGAUCUUGUUUAAAAGAUAAAUUGUCCCUCAAAGUACGCGGUUCCUUAUUCUUUGUACUAAAUGCCUGGAGUGAUUGUGCAAAUGACAUUAGUCAUUCAUGCUCGCAAAUCAGCCAUAUUUAUUCUUCAGCAUGAUCGUUCCAGAGUUAAUAAGAUACGGAUGAAUAAAUAAAUAGAUUAAUGGAUGGACGAAUGGAUGAUAAUGCCUCGAAUACUUGAGUGCUUGUUUGAAUCAAUGAUUACGUGUUAUUAAAAAUUACACAAUGUUUUAUAAGUUUUGUUGCUUUCAACCAAAGGAUACGCAAAAAUGAACAAAUUACAGUUUUUAAUAACUAUUA